UAAAUAGCUGCAAUACCAGGCGGCAAUGGUAUUUAAGAUGGAACCUCCAAGAGACAAAUGGAACUUCGUUUUGUUAAUUUUCGUAGUACAUGGAAUUGGAACUUUAAUGCCGUGGAACAUGUUUAUAACUGCGAAAGAAUACUUUGUCAACUAUAAGCUGGGAAAUUCAACUUAUUCAUCGGUAUACGCUUCGAAUUUUUUGCAGUAUCAUAACUUUGCAGCACAAAUUCCUAACGUAGUAUUUAAUUGGUUAAACAUUUUUGUUAAUUUAGGGGGCGAUUUAACUACCCGCAUAGUUUUCAGCAUUUUACUUGAAUUAGCCUUAUUCAUACUAACAGUUAUUUUAGCUAUGGUGGACUCAUCAGAUUGGCCCGGAGUCUUUUUUUGGACAACUAUGAUCACAGUUGUUCUGCUAAAUAUGGCUGGAGGUAUUUAUCAAAAUACUAUAUAUGGAAUGGUUGCUACACAUCCGGUCAAAUAUACUGGUGCAGUUGUAUUAGGAUCUAAUAUAUGUGGAUUAUUUGUUUCUAUACUAAGUAUAGCAAGUAAUUCCAUAUUUUCAUCAAAACGGACCGCAGCGAUUUACUAUUUUAUCACAGCAAUGGUGGUUCUACUUGCUUGUUUUGAUACAUUUUUUGCAUUGCCGUUAAAUAAAUUUUACCGUUAUAAUCAACUUUCUAGAAAACCAGAGGAGGAAUCAGAUGAUACUAAGGUGUGCGUUGUACCAUAUUGGUUAAUUUUUAAAAAGACUUCUUUACAACUAUACAAUGUGUUUUUCACAUUCUUCGUGACAUUAUCGAUAUUUCCUUCCGUACACUCAGAUAUAAAGUUAUCGCCGUCUUCAAACUUUAUUAUUCAGUCACCGGAUCUCUUCACUUCUGUGACCUGUUUCCUUACCUUUAACCUCUUUGCAAUGUUAGGGAGUUUGACAACAUCUUGGAUACAAUGGCCUGGUCCUAAAUUUUUGGCAGUACCUGUUACGUUACGAAUUGUUUUCAUACCGAUAUUCCUAUAUUGCAACUACCAUCCUCUUAAUAUAACUAGAACACUACCGGUCUUAAUAAAAAACGAAUGGAUAUACUGGUUUAUUGCUACUUUAAUGUCAUGGAGUUCAGGAUAUUUAAGCUCUUUGGCAAUGAUGUAUGCCCCACAAUCAGUUGAAGCGAAAUAUCAAGUUAAAGCUGGAAUGUUUGCCGCUGCAAUGCUAAUUACAGGAAUAUUCGGUGGAAUUCUAUUUUCGUUUUUAAAUCCUUAUUUUAUUGUUUAAGAAAAAAAUGAUAUAUGUAUCUUUUUAAAGAGAUUUUCAUUUAAUUAUAUUUUACAUUGAUAUGCUAUUAUCAUUUCAACAUAUGUAAAAUGAAAAAUUAUUAAUAUCAAAUAAAAUUGUUUCAUAAAAUUUCAUCAAAAUUAAA